AUGUCUCCCCUGCAGCUGUCUGUCUACUGCCGUCUCUCGCUCGUCUUCAUCUUCACCUCCUUCCUCUUCUUCCUCGACGUCUUCACCGCUGCCACCGCCGCGGCAACCUGUCACCAUGGCAACCGCACCGGUGCCAGGGAAACGAUCCCGCCAAAGAGCAACCAAUCACAGCCCGGAGAAGUUUGGGAGGGAGAAGCGGAUUGGAGGAACCAGCGCAGGGAUGAAGACUCAGUGUGUAUGUGGACUGACUGGCUGCCUUACGGUCAGACUCUCUACAUGAUUGGCCUCCUGCUGGGAUCUCUGUUUGGUGGAGCUGUUUCUGACCGGUAUGGAAAGCGGCCGGUGCUGCUGGUGUGUGUGUGUGUGCACGCUGUGUGUGGCGUCCUGCCUGCAGUUCUUCCUCAGCCCCUCCUCUUCCUCGCCGUGCGCUGCCUGACCGGAGUCUGCUGCUGCUGCAUCAACAUGUGCUCCUUCAGCCUGGCGGUGGAGUGGAGCCCCGCCCCCUGGCGUCUCUGGCCGCCGGCUCUGCUGUCGUUCUGCUUCAGCGUGGGAACGAUGAUCGGAGCGCCGCUCGCCUGGCUCAGCCCGAGCUGGAGACAGCUGCACCUGUCGCUCUCUCUGCCCCAGGUGCUCUGUCUGCCUGUCUGCAGUCUGAUCCCAGAGUCUCCUCGCUGGCUGCUGCUGAAGAGGAGGAUGGACGUGCUGGACCGUUACCGUGGCAACAGCCCGGCUGACAAACAGUGCUUGGAGCAGCUGUUGGACACAGCUUGGUCUGACAUGCAGAAAGCACCUGAGGUGGGGGAGGAGCCACGGCCACCUGCAGACCACGCCCCCUGUGACAUCAGCCACCUCAAACACCCGACCAUCCUCCUCCGCCUGUCCGUCAUGAGCUACCUGAGCUUUGCGUCGGCGCUCACCUACUACGGCAUCUGUCUGAAUGUGGGCUCGUUCGGCGUCGGCGUUUACUCCGCCCAGUUCUUCUCCGGCCUAUCAGAAGCCCCCUGCCUGCUCGUCCCCUUCCUAUUGGCUCGCUGGGGCCGCCGGCCAAUCAGCAUGCUCGCUCUGUUCCUCAGCGGCGCCGCCUGCUUCCUGUCACUGCUGCUGGGACGAUACCACUGUGACCCGGUGCUGGUGAUCAGUUUCGCUCUGUUUGGGAAACUCUGCAUGCUGACCGUCGUCUUCGUGUCUCUGCUGUACGGCAUCGAGCUGUUCCCCACUGUGAUCAGACAGAGGUGUGUGUCCCUGGUCAACCUGUGUUUCCGGGUGGGCUGUCUGCUGAACAGCGUGGUGACGGCGGGCGGAGCGAUCUCAUUGGCUGCCAUGCUGCUGUACGCCAGCGGCCCCGUGCUCGGCUGCUUCCUGCUGCUGCUGCUGCCCGAGACCCGCGGCCUGCCGCUGCCCGAUUCGCUGCAGGACUGUGACAGACAGCUCAGGCCCCGCCCACCCAGCCUGACCGCCCUGUGGAGGAGACGGCAGCUCGUGGACGACUCGGCUGGGAAAAUGGAAAUGCUUCCUGGAGAGAAGAGUAACACGGACACAAGUUUGGAUCCCCCUCCAGCCCCUAACCCCAAACCCGCCCCCAUCCCUAACCCUAACCACUCCCACCCCUCCUUGUCUCACCCUAAACCCAACCCCCACCCCAAUCCCCCUCCCCCCCUCCCCCAUCCCCAUGGAGGUGACCGCUCGGAUCCCACCCAGGGACCUAAACAUGUGAUAGGACAGAUUUAG